UUAGGCACCGGGAACAGCAGGAGAGGAGGGAGGGUCCUGGAGCAGCCGCCAUGGGCGAAGCGGAGAAGUUCUGCUAUGUGUAUAGCUGCGACCUGGACAUUAACGUGCAGCUCAAGAUAGGGAGUUUGGAGGGCAAAAGAGAGCAGAAGAGCUACAAGGCGGUUUUGGAAAAUCCGAUGCUGAGAUUCUCAGGGCUGUAUCAAGAGACCUGUUCUGACUUGUACGUGACUUGCCAGGUCUUUUCCGAAGGAAAGCCUCUUGCACUUCCUGUUCGGACAUCUUACAAGGCCUUUAGCACCAGAUGGAACUGGAACGAAUGGUUAAAAUUGCCCGUCAAAUAUCCAGACCUGCCCCGUAAUGCACAAGUGGCCCUGACGAUAUGGGAUGUCUACGGCCCGGGCAAAGCAGUUCCUGUUGGGGGAACAACGGUCUCGCUCUUUGGGAAAUAUGGGAUGUUUCGGCAAGGGAUGCACGAUUUAAAAGUCUGGCCCAACGUGGAAGCAGACGGCUCGGAGCCCACCAAGACCCCGGGAAGGACUAGCAGUACACUUUCAGAGGAUCAGAUGAGCCGCUUAGCGAAGCUCACCAAGUCUCACCGGCAAGGUCACAUGGUAAAAGUAGACUGGCUGGACAGACUGACCUUUCGAGAAAUUGAGAUGAUCAAUGAGAGUGAGAAGCGAAGUUCGAAUUUUAUGUAUUUGAUGAUUGAAUUUCGCUGCGCAAAAUAUGACGACAAAGAAUACGGGAUAGUGUAUUACGAGAAGGACGGGGAUGAGUCAUCUCCAAUUUUAACAAGCUCGGAGAUUGUUAAAGUUCCUGAUCCCCAGAUGUCUAUGGAAAACUUAGUUGAAAGCAAGCACCACAAACUGGCUCGAAGUUUACGAAGCGGACCUUCUGACCAUGAUCUCAAGCCAAACGCUGCAACUCGAGAUCAGCUAAACAUCAUAUUGAGCUAUCCUCCAACGAAGCAGCUGACGUACGAAGAGCAAGAUCUCGUCUGGAAAUUCCGAUACUAUCUCACUAAUCAAGAAAAGGCUUUGACAAAAUUCCUGAAAUGCGUCAACUGGUACCUCCCGCAAGAAGCCAAGCAAGCCCUGGAGCUUUUGGGCAAGUGGAAGCCGAUGGAUGUGGAAGACGCCCUGGAGCUUCUCUCCUCUCAGUUUACCAACCCGACAGUGCGUCGGUACGCAGUCGCCAGAUUGCAGCAGGCUGACGACGAGGAUCUACUGAUGUACCUGCUACAGCUCGUCCAGGCGCUGAAAUACGAGAACUUUGAUGACAUCAAGAAUGGGUUGGAACCCACGAAGAAGGACAGCCAAGGUACCAUGUCAGAGAGCAUGGCAACAUCGGGAACGACAGCAGCGGAAAUAGACAGUUCUCAGAUCAUCACCAGCCCACUUCCCCUUGUAUCAUCCCCGCCUUCUACGUCAAAAGCCAAGGAACCUGCAGAAAAUGAAAAUCUAGAGCAAGACCUGUGCACUUUCUUGAUCUCCCGGGCAUGCAAGAAUUCCACGCUGGCAAACUACUUGUAUUGGUAUGUGAUUGUAGAGUGCGAGGACCAAGAUACUCAGCAGAGAGACCCCAGGACUCACGAAAUGUACCUGAACGUCACACGACGGUUCAGCCAAGCUCUACUAAAGGGAGACAAGUCUGUCAGGGUGAUGCGCUCCUCCUUGGCUGCCCAGCAGACGUUUGUUGAUCGACUGGUUCAUCUCAUGAAAGCGGUGCAACGGGAAAGCGGGAACCGGAAAAAAAAGAACGAGCGGCUACAGGCGCUGCUGGCUGACAACGAAAAGAUGAAUUUGGCGGACAUGGAGCUCAUUCCGCUCCCUCUGGAGCCUCAGGUGAAGAUUAAGGGAAUAAUCCCAGAGAAAGCGACUCUCUUCAAGAGUGCGCUCAUGCCUGCCCAGUUAUUCUUUAAGACAGAAGAUGGGGGCAAAUAUCCUGUAAUAUUUAAACACGGGGACGAUUUGCGGCAAGAUCAGCUCAUUCUCCAGAUUAUUUCGCUCAUGGACAAGCUCUUACGUAAGGAGAAUCUGGAUUUAAAGCUCACUCCAUACAAGGUCUUGGCUACAAGCACGAAGCACGGUUUCAUGCAGUUUAUUCAAUCUGUCCCCGUGGCAGAAGUUCUCGCUACCGAGGAAAGCAUACAGAACUUCUUCCGAAAGCAUGCUCCAAGUGAAACAGGGCCUCACGGAAUAAGCGCAGAGGUGAUGGACACUUAUGUCAAGAGCUGUGCCGGCUAUUGUGUGAUAACGUACAUCCUCGGCGUGGGAGACCGACAUUUGGAUAACCUUUUGCUCACCAAAACAGGGAAGCUUUUCCACAUCGAUUUUGGCUACAUUUUGGGCCGGGAUCCAAAGCCACUUCCUCCACCGAUGAAGCUGAAUAAGGAGAUGGUGGAAGGCAUGGGAGGGACGCAGAGCGAGCAGUACCAGGAGUUCCGCAAGCAGUGCUACACGGCUUUCCUCCACCUUCGUAGAUAUUCGAACCUGAUUUUGAACUUGUUCUCCCUCAUGGUCGACGCCAAUAUUCCAGACAUUGCGCUUGAGCCGGACAAGACCGUCAAAAAGGUGCAAGACAAGUUCCGUUUGGACCUCUCCGAUGAAGAGGCUGUGCAUUAUAUGCAAAGUCUGAUCGACGAAAGCGUCCAUGCGCUCUUUGCCGCUGUGGUGGAGCAGAUUCACAAGUUUGCUCAGUAUUGGAGGAAAUGAGCCCCAUCAGCGUCUUAUAGCAACAAUUCAUACGCAAGGUGAUUGUCACUUGAGUGAUUCAAAGUGUUACCUGAAGGACUGGACUUACCCUCGGUUACCUUAGAUACUAAUGUUGUCUGGGAUUGUACAAAACCUUGGUCAAAGGUGUGCUUCCCCGUCUAGAUAUUUGGCCAGAAGUUUGGGAAGCAAGCAAUUGUCUCCAAAAUGACAGGAACAUAUCUACAGAAGAAAACGAACUUUUAGGAUUUUUUAAGUGCAUUACGCACCUGGUGUUGCUGUAUCUUUGGACUGAGAAGUUGAAAUUCAUCUCUGCACUUAAUCUGGACCUGAGUAGUGAAUGUUGAUGUAUAUAUUAUCAAGUUUUCCUCUUUUGGAUGAAAAGCUGUUGUGAAAGUUUUAUGGAGUAGGAAAAAAACUUGGGGGUACCUUUGCAGGACUUGCCCAAAAUGUCCUUUGGGGGGGGGACCCCCAAAUUAUAUGGUUCUUUCUUUCAGAUGGAGAAGAGUUACGAACUGCCACUAGAAGCCCAUGGUCUUGAAAAGGCCUUAAAGAUAGAAACCAUGCCCAUGUUUUGCUCUUGAUGACAAAUUAUGUGCAUUGAACAAAUAUUCUAAAUCUAAUGAAACUCUUUUGAUGCAGUCUUGGGUCCUCUGGAUUCAUUUGUCAGUUCUCAUUUCUCAACUCCCUACGCUCUUUAGAGGUUGUUCUAAAAUAUUACUGAUAGUUUUGGAUCCUCAUGGAAUAAUAUCUACACUGUGGUCCUCUUCAAUGAAAUAUUGCAACACUGUGAGAAACCCUGGAAAUGUUUUGAGUGGUUUAAUUGUUUAUAGAAAUGUGCCCCUGUAUGGCAGAAUAGAUAAUCAGAGAAUUUUUUUAAAUGAAAUUUUCUUCUGAUUAAUGUUCAGUAGGCCAAGGUCCCAUUAUGCUAACAAUUUUUCUUGGCAUUAUUUUGCUUGGGGUGGUGAAAUUAUGUAGUGUAAUAACACCAGGACAUAUGAUAAAUUUAACUAGUUAUUGAAGGGAGAGCUCAUCACAUGGUUGCCAUUUUGCAACUUCUAGUUCUGUGGAAAAGUCUAAAUAUUUUGUGUUAUAAAAAUGAUUGAGUAAUACUUCGACAGCUAAACCACUUUCCUUUUCUCGUAUCUGAAUGUCACAUUCACCUUUGUACCAUCCUUCUUCUCUCCAGCACUAAAAACAUGUCAUCUUUUCGGGAGAGUGGAAACUGUAAAAUUAGAUUGUUCUCCUGGGCUAUAUAUAGCAAUAUUGCUGCUUUUCAGUACCAGACGGCACAGAGGUUUCUGCCUCAGAAGAGCUUGUAAUUGCAGAAGGGACCCUGCUUUUCCCCCUCGACUAUUGCAGCGGUAAAAACCAGAACUUCUCGAUGAUUGUCUGUGAGCUGAAUGAGCUUUAUUAACCAAACGGACCAGUUUAUCAUCAUUAUAGAAUACAGUCUUUGUUCACGUUUUGUCUGUUGGAAACAAUUGCAUGAGUGUUGCAUGUUGGGGAGUGGCAAGCAAGAAUUCAUUGGCUUUUGUAUUCAAGAUCAUGGACCUUGAAUAGUUACCCCUCUACUCCCCAAAGCAGGGCAGCUUCAGAGCCCAUCUGGCCCCCAGACAAAGAUUCCUUCUGCAUCCCCUGUAGACUGUCCAAAUCUUGCAAAAAAAAAUGAUCAUACGACUUAACCAGCUGUGUCUAAGGAUUCUAGUGUUACCCUAAUAGGUGGUCUCCUUGUGAGUUGGGGGAAUUAGCGUACAAGAAGCAGCAGCAAAAGGGAUUAACUAAGCGAGAUUUUUCCACCUAUGUAUGCAGGGAUUGUUCCUCUAGAGAACUCUUUAAUAAA